AUGUCUUGGAUAAAUAUAUUAAAAAAAUAUGGUAUUCAAAUUGAACAUGAAUUAUGUCAGUCCCAUAUCGAUCAAAUUUGUACGAGAGAAUCGUUAUAUUUAGUCUACGAAUAUUGUGAUAAACGUGAUAUUGAACGUUUUAUGGUUUUAAAUGAAUUAUUACCAGCUAUCGUUAUUCAAUCAUUUAUGUUUCAAUUAUUGACAGGUUUAAAUUAUUUACAUCAACGAUUAUUAUUGCACGGUGAUUUACAAUUAAAACAUUUAUUAAUAAAAUCAAAUGGAAAAUUAAAAAUAGCCGAUUUUAGUCAGACAAGACAUUUAUAUUGGCCACAAUCAAUUCAAACACGAAAUAUUGGUUGUUUACAAAAUCGUUGUCCUGAAUUAAUUCUUGGUCAAUUAACAAAUUCGACAUCAAUUGAUAUUUGGAGUGUUGCAUGUCUUCUAGCUCAAUUGUGUCAAAAUUCAAAAUUAUUUAAAGCUGAAACAGAAAUUGAACUAUUAUUUCAAAUAUUUUCUAUAUUAGGUACACCAACAGAUAAACAAUGGCCUAAUUUUAAACAUAUGCCUUACUAUUCACAACAAUUUCCUCAAUGGAUACGUCGUGAUGAUCUAUUAUGUGAUUUAACUAAAAUAAUUGGUUCACAAGGAUGUGAUUUAUUAUUAAAAUUAUUUAUUUAUGAUCCAAAAUAUCGUUUAACAACAAAUCAAGCAUUAAAACAUCCCUAUUUUCAAAAUAUGGAUUCUAUUCAAGCAUCAAAUAUAUUCAAAACAUUAAAUCAAACUAGUCAGAUUUGA